UCUCAUAUUUGCCCUCCCCCUGGCUACCAUAAAUCCACAAUCGAAUCUUCACAUCAGUGGCAAUAACGUAAAACAAAACAACAGACUGAAUCUUCAGUUGUGAUUUGACUGUGCACAAAAUUCUCUGUUUUUGGCCGCAACUUAAUGAACACCAUAAACUCUCGACCCCAUGAAUGGCCUCAAUUGGCCGAGUCAAUGUCCUAAUUCCAAGGAACCUUUCCCCUCUAAAACCAUAAACCGAUCAGAUCAUAAUCCACAAUUCCGACACAAUAAAAAACAAAAUCAAAUUCCCAGAUUCCAAAUCCCCUUGAAUGGCCACAAUCCCAUUUCGAUCAUGAAUCUAACAACACCAACAACAGCAAUGGACGACCCUCAUAAGCUUCAGAACCUACCCUCUUUCAAACUCUCCCGCUACUCCUCUACCGUCCGAGACUCCGACGCCGGCGAUGACCUCCGCUACACCAGCUUGAAGGACAUUCUUCUGAACUCCCCGUCCUACAGCGGCGUUAAUGAGUUCAACGAGUUCAAUUUGUCGAAUAUUACGAUCCGAAACGAGCUCGUGAAAAGGGCCGCGUCGGCGUACCUUCAAUCGGCGGCGAUCUUGGUCGGCCGAAAUGAGAGCUGUUUCGUGGGAUUCUGGGAGAGGCUCAGGAUCAAACUCGCCGCCCUCCGCUCCCGUUGGUGUGAUUGCUUUCCCCGCUUUUUUGGCUUCUUUAGGUUCGCCUUUUAGACUAAGUCUAGACCUCCGC